UUCAAGACAUAGAAUUUCCAGUCCGCGGAAAAACUCUGCAAACUUUCAAUGGUUGACACGACAAAGGUAGCUCCUGCCGGUCAGGGAGUGAAAUCCUCUUCUAAUUGAUUGAAAUAAAUUGGGAUUAGCAUUAAAUUACCGCAAAGAGUGAAUAGUGAAAGUGUAAACCACAAUAAUUAGAUAAUGGCAUAGAAGCUGGAACUAGUGCAGUGUGGUGUGCGGUCAGUGGGUGGUUAGUGUCUGUUCAGUCAACCGUUGGCAUAGUAUUUACAUGUGCAGUGUCUGAGGCGAUUCGAUUGUGCGUUGCAUUAUUCGUAACAUAAUAUCGUAAAAUGAAUCUCACAACAUUUCUAUUGUUCGGGCUGAUGUCGCUUGUUAUUGGAGCCGUUCUCAUGAUCCUGCUCCAAUACUACUUCUUCAUCAAAUAUGGUAACCUACCGGAGGAGUCUAUGGAACAGCGGGAUAUUAAUGAAAGAUACAGCCUACCGGACAAUAUACUAAACAACAUAAAAUCAACGGAAACGGAGAGUAAGUCACCUAUUGUGGCCAUCAACCUGGUUAUGCAGUUUCUCUUUCAUGAGUUGAAGAACUCGAAUAAAGUGCGGAAAUGGUUUUAUCGGAAGCUGUCAUUGGAGUUGGACGAACUGAUUUCAAAAACAACAACUGGGAAGUUGUUUGAUAAACUAACCAUUCGUGAUUUAGAUUUGGGAGGUCAAUUUCCUGAAAUAAAAAACCUUCGAGUUCACAACGCUGAUCUACAUGACACAGAAGGUCAUAUUGAAAAUUUAGAUCUACUUUUAGAUUUACAAUAUCGCGGCAAUUUUCGACUAUCCAUCGAUGCAGACAUGGUGCUCGGUAAAAAAGGUUCACUAACACUAAAAGUGAAGUAUCUAUCGGGCCUUGCUCGUCUACAGUUUACUCGCAAACCCUACACGCACUGGUCACUAAGUUUCUUGGGAGAUCCACAAUUGGAGCUUGGAAUCGAAUCUCAAUUUCAGGGCAGGCAAAUGCAAUCGAAUGUUACAAACCUAAUUAUGAAUCAAAUUCGUAAAGCUGUUCGUCGAAAACAUACCCUUCCAAACUACAAAUUGCGCUAUAAACCAUUUUUCCAUAAGACAGAGGACGAUGUUGAUUGUGAGUUUAUUCCCAAUGGAAAACUAGAGGUGAACGUUUCUCAACUGUCGCGUCUUAUGAUUCCAUCAAACACUGAACUCCUUUAUUGCACCUUAACGCUAUCCUCAUUGCCAUGGGUUGAAGCCAGACAACGAGACGACAAAAACGUUAUCAUAUCAACCGACAAAGAAAUCCACAAGGCUAAGAACCAACAGAUUGGAAUUGUUUUCAAGCAGGCCGAUAACAUCGUUUCGAUUGAGGCCGUUUUGCCAAAUACCCCGGCUCUAAAAGCAGGACUGAGAAGAGGAGACGUCCUGAUUUCCAUCGAAGGGAAGCGCGUGAACAAUAUCAAUCAAGUAGCAAAAAUUGUAAAAAGUCUCAACAGACCCGUCCUAACUCUCAGAAUCGAACGCGUCCUUUCAGGGGUCAUAAAAAAUGACGCUAUAUAUGAAGACAACGAAGCAUAUGAAGACUUGGGUAAUUCAAAUGUGAGUUUCUCACGAUCAACGGAAUCAGUGCAACUUAUCGGAACGAAGCAAACCCGAAAAAACUCCACAGAUCGCGGUGGAACCUCUAGUGAAUCCAGCGUAGCCAAUACGCCAACCAACUCACCACGCAAGUCAAAAGGAAACAUAAAAUCAUCCUCAGUAAGUUUGAGCCGAGAAAAUAGUGAAAGUGCGGCACCUGACGAGCAAGGAUCGCUCAGUCGUCAAAGCGCUGCAGGGAAUCGCAAAACUAAUCAAACACCGAACGAAGUACCCAACGAAAUAGAAGUAAUACAACAACAUUCCACAAUCGACUUCCCAGUCGGGAGCUAUGUGAAAGUCGGAGAUUUAUGCACGUUCAAUUUGAGUGAGACCUCAAACUAUAUUAACUUGUGUGUCUAUGGAAGAUCCAAGGAUUUCAACGAGCUUCUGGGUUAUGUGAAUAUACCUGUUCGGAAUAUCAUAGCAGAAUGCAGUGAGACUAGCUUAGGACAUUACGUCAAGUCAUAUUCAUUCACCCCACCAACGACUCCGGAUUUGCAAAAUCACAUCCUCUCGGCACAAUCUGGUUUCGACCCCACUUUAUGCUAUGGCGAUAUUUUACUUUCAUUCGUAUGGAAUGGGAAUCCAACUGUGAUGGUUAACCCAAGUGAGACGGUACCAAAAAGGAGCAAAUCAAUGAGAAGUUCAACUGACAAACUCGAAGAAUCAGAUCGUGCUGAGCCAAGCGGUCCUAAAUCGCAUAAUUUUAUUCGAACCCACUUUCACCGAACCACCCAAUGCGACUAUUGUGGAAAGAAGAUUUGGCUAAAGGACGCUGUUCAGUGUCGAGACUGUUCGAUGUGCUGUCACAAAAAAUGCAUAACAAAAUGCCAAAAUUCUACCGUCUGUGGCCCUGUUGAUUGUUCCAGCAAUACAUCAUCAGGUUCAGGUACUGGAUCCACAAUAUCCACUUCUCAGCCAGAGUUCCGAGUGACCCAGGCGCCUCACAGUGACGAUGCAGAAUCUGAAGAUGGAGAUGAGGUGCAACCGAAACUGGAAGGACAUCGACAAAGCUUUAGUGAUCUCCUAGCACAAGGUCUGAAGCGAGUUAAUUCUGCCAACAACUUAGCUAUUCCAGGGAUAGUCUCGUCGCUGAGUCAAAACAGUCGCAGCCUGCCACCCAGUCCACAACACACCCCCAGAAAACAAUCUCUUGUUAAUCAAAGCACGAACCCCUUUGUGACGGUUACGCAAAGAUUAGAAAUGAUACCAGACGACGUGUUGGAUCUAACAAAGGAGCAAAUAGCUAGCAUAACGGAAUCCUUAAUUGAAUAUUCAAAGGCGGAGGAUAUGAUGAGCUUAGCGAAGAGUUCGAGUAAAGGAUUGUAUGCCGAUUUGGAGCCAAACGAACGAGUCGAAAGGAUAAACAAAUUGCUUACUAAACUCCGUCUAGCACUAGAUAGUGAAACGCAUGCCCACUCAAAUCUUGUAGCUGGGCCAGAAAUCAGCAGCACAUCGAAAACCACUGAAACAUCGUCACCCAGGAAUGAAGCACCUAAAACGUCGAGUGAAGUGAAUAUCUUUCUACAGACCAAGCCACCACCAUCGGCAAAUUCAACACAAGACGAAGAUCCAAACCGGAAGAAAAGCCUAAAAGAAGUUGAACACGAGAUGGCACGUCGAGCUAUUCUCAUCGCACAAUCUGAGGAGCGCGUUCAUGCUUUGAGCGUAAUCAUGCUGUAUCUGUGCACCGGAUUACAGCACGCGCAAGGUGUAGCAAGCCAGUAAGAUGUUUCAGAAGCACGUAUCGGAAUUGAUAGAAAAAUUUAAAGUUAUUUAACGACAAAAUGGUAAUUCCUUCACUAAAACUGAUAGGUUACAACUACAUAUUCUUCGAGAAAGUGAGUCUAAUCGUAUUUUAUCCUAAGGAAGCAGUAGUCUAGUGAUUCUCCGUUACAAAACUGAUCAGUUUCAUAAUCACGCAAAUCUAAAUUUUUCGCUUGAGGUAGAUAUUUUCAUGGCCUCGCACCUUAACUUAAAGACAAACAGAUCUUUCUAUCUAUUUUUCCAAUAGAACUAUCUACGUUUUGUUUUGAAUGGCAAACACCAAAAGGAAAAAGAUAUAACGUUCCACUUGUAACGGACAUUUGAAAUUUUAGAGAGAAUAUCACAUUUUAACUACUAUAAUACAUGGGAAAUUUUUAUCUAAAUGAAAAGAUAUGUAAUUGUUUGAUAAAAUGUUGCCUUUUCAUAUCAAUUAUUUGUGCCGAUUAUAUAACUAUUUUAGUAAUUCAGAUAGUUUGAAUUUCAAUUCACAAAAAAAGCAUAAAGAAAAUGAUACAAUGAAAUUUUAAAUACAAAGAAAAUUUUAAAAUAUUUAAAUAAAGCAUAAUGUGAAGAAGUACUGAAUGUUCCAUUCCAUAAUAAGAUAUAAUAUUAUUAUGAGACAGAAGACAAAAUAUACAAAAUC